AGUUCACAUUGCCCUUCCUGAUCAGUCAAGUAGUGACAACAACAAUGGCGGCGUCUGCUCGGCUUUUCAUCAGAGGUGCACACUCCAAACUUUCUAUCCCCGGUUUGGCUACCGUGCCACCGAGCUUUGUUGGGCCCACAUUGCUGAAACGGUCACCGAGCGGCAGCUCCCAUACCAAAACACAACGCAGACAUGCAGCCCACUUCACUUUCCAUCCGGACCCCGACACAACACAGUAUGGGCCAACCGAAAAGAUGAAUUUGUUCCAAUCAGUUACAAGUGCAUUGGACAACACUCUUUCCGGAGACCCGACAGCAGUCAUAUUUGGGGAAGACGUGGCCUUCGGUGGAGUAUUUCGCUGCACAGUGGGUCUAAGAGACAAGUAUGGUAAAGAUCGAGUCUUCAACACUCCUCUUUGUGAGCAGGGGAUUGUUGGAUUUGGUAUUGGUGUAGCUGUUGCAGGAGCCACAGCUAUUGCAGAGAUUCAGUUUGCAGACUACAUAUACCCUGCAUUUGACCAGAUAGUCAAUGAAGCUGCUAAGUACCGCUACCGCUCUGGCAACUUGUUUGACUGUGGAAAUCUCACCAUUCGAGCUCCCUGGGGGUGUGUUGGACAUGGAUCUCUCUACCACUCUCAAAGCCCUGAAGCCUUCUUUGCCCACUGCCCUGGGGUCAAGGUUGUAGUGCCUCGUAGCCCAGUGCAGGCCAAGGGGCUGCUCCUCGCUUGCAUUGCUGAUAAGAACCCAUGCAUUUUCUUUGAGCCCAAGAUCCUUUACAGAGCAGCAGUGGAACAGGUUCCUACAGAGGCCUACACUAUACCACUCUCACAGGCUGAAGUUUUAGAGGAAGGAAGUGAUGUCACUUUGGUUGCCUGGGGGACACAGGUUCACGUGAUGAAGGAAGUGGCCACAAUGGCUCAGGAGAAACUUGGAGUUUCUUGCGAGCUCAUCGACCUUCGUACUAUCCUGCCAUGGGAUACUGAAACUAUUUGUAAGUCUGUGGUGAAAACUGGACGUUUGCUCAUAAGUCAUGAGGCCCCUAUAACUGGAGGCUUUGCUGCUGAAAUCAGCUCUACGGUGCAGGAGGAGUGUUUUCUUAACUUGGAGGCUCCCAUUACUAGAGUGUGUGGUUACGACACUCCAUUCCCGCAUAUUUUUGAACCCUUCUACAUCCCAGACAAGUGGAAGUGCUUUGAAGCAAUCAAGAAGAUGAUUAACUACUAAAACUGGAAUCAGCUCAUUAGUCUCCAGCGAGCGGCGGACACUAAGGCACACCUGCAACCUAUUUCCACCGAGGACUAUUUAAGCUCACCUCCCACAGCUGGCUCUUGUCGGUUAAUUUAUCCUGCACCUUCCACGUGCACGAGCCUGCUUCGCCUCGUCAGUCCUGGUAUGUUGUUUUUCCUUAGUCCUGUAAUUCCUAACGUUGUUGUGUUUGUUUCCUAGCCUCCUUGAGGCAACAAGGACUUUACCCUGUGUUUUAGUGUGCCCUGGCUUCUCCCCCUGCCGACCACUGAGGAACCUGUUUUCAUUUAAGUAUUCAUGGUGUGCAUUUCUGCCCCAUCGCUUUUUGUUACACUUUUUGGACUCAUUAAAUGUAUUCCCUUUUUGUUAUUCAAACUUGCCUCUUGUCUCUGCAUCCCGGGGUCACCCCCUUGACCAGUUCCUAACAAUUCUAGCUUGAUUUAGCCAUUUUUUUUUUACCGCUUUUGACGUGUGUUUCGGGUCAUUGUCCUGUUGGAACACCCAAUUGCGCCCAAGACCCAACCUGAUGAUUUUAGGUUGUCCUGAAGAAUUUGGAGGUAAUCCUCCUUUUUCAUUGUCUCAUUUACUAACUGUACAGCACCAGUUCAAUUGGCAGAAAAACAGGCUCACAGCAUAAUACUACCGCAACCAUAAUUUAGCCACCCUUGGUGUGUGUGUGACAAUCAUUGGCACUUUAACUUUAACUUAACUUAACCAUGAUUGACGGUAGGUAUGGUGUUCCUGGUAUUAAAGGC